AUGUCAAGAUAACAAAACAGUUAAAAAUAACAUCCCCCUUAGCCAGCCCAAGGUAAUUAACAGUAACGAAAUCCCUAACCUCCUCAACCUCCUAAAUCAAAAGUAUUUAAUGCUGAAGAUUAUGCUAAACCUCCUCAUUUGACAAAGGAAGAAGUCUUGGAAGUUAAAUAAGCAUUUGAUAUUUUCGACGGUGAUGGAUCAGGAGCAAUCGAUCCAUAAGAGUUGAGAGAAGCAUUUGAAGCAUCUGGAAUUAAAACAUAUCACAAUAAAUUUAUUUAUUAAGUGCUGGGAGAGUUAGAUACUGACAAUUCUGGAGGAAUUGAUUUUGAAGAAUUUUUACAUCUUGCAACUGCAAAAGUUAGUGAUAAAGAUACACGAGAAUAAAUUCAAAAGGUGUUCAAUUUGUAUGACUGGAAUAAAGAAGGUCGAAUAACUUGGGAUGAACUCAAAAGAGUAGCCUAAGAUUUAGGAGAAGAAAUGACGGAUGAAGAAAUUUAACAUAUGUUUAAGAAAGCUGAUUUGGAUGAUGAUGGAUUUGUUACAUUUGAUGAUUUCUAUAAUCUGAUGACCUAAAAAGAAUACGGAAAGUAAUGAGAUUUUACAUUAUAAAAUGAAAUAAUUAAUUAUUCAUA